AUGGCUCCUAAUGUUUCUUCGUCUCCUAGUAGAAGGAGGGCUAGUUCGGCGAUAUCGUCGGUCGAGAGUAAGAUGAAUGGUCUUUGUAAGGAUGCUGGCUUGAGGGACUUCGAGCUGAGGCAGGUGCCCGGUGAUUUCUAUGACCAGUCUCUAGAGUGGCGGAAAAAUGUAUUGGAGAUCCCCUCAACGGACCAGUUGUGUAAGACGUUGAUAAUGGAAAAUGUUAAGUUGAAUCAUGUGGAUGAGGAGGCAGCGAAGAAACGGUUGAGGUAUGUGGCAGUAGUGGUCCAAUAUGGUCAAAGGCUCCAUAAGGAGAAACUGGGCUUUGCGGUUCGUCGGAUAGAAACAGAGCGGAUGGGGUUACCUGCUGCUGGUCGGAAGGCCUUCAAUAUGCGCAUGGUGGAGCCGGAGGUGUCGCAGAAGCUAUCGGGGUUUACUCACAACGCCGUUACAUGUAUUGGUAUGACCACUAAAAUGCCCAUCAUCAUCUCUGAUAGGAUUAUCGAUGAUUUACCCUAUGAAGACUUCUGGCUAGGUGGCGGCCAUAUUGACCUCAAGUUGCGAGUAUGUAAGGAUGAGUUUCUGUCGGUCUUCGACCCGAUCGUAGCGGACAUUACCAUUUGA